AUGGCUCCCUUCUACAAGACCGCCGCAGCCUUCUGCCUCGUCGGACUCUUGGGGCUCCAAUGCGGGGCGGAAACCCCAGCAAAAUAUAAAUAUGAAGUAGCACAAGUAGGCGAAGACGCCUACUUGACAGUCAAGUUGGCCCGUAAUGGAAAAAUUUCGGCUAAGACCAGUGCAGUCGAAGUGGACACUGAUACAGUCACCGCCUUGCAGGGACAAGUACAAGGCAGCGAAGGAACAACUCAAGCCUCGUGCGACGCAUUGCUAACAACCGAUCUUAAGAAGAUAUUCCACCACACUUUCGCAUACACAGCAACUCCUGACUACCGCAGUCUGGUGCAGGAGGCUCUCAGAACCGGACUGGAAGCAAUCGGCGCAACAUAUCCGACAGGCACAACGGCGUGGCAAGAUAUAUGGAAAAAGGAUGCUGCUGUCAGCGUGUUGCACCUUCUCGGAUCCAGCAGCACUAAAGUCGGCUGUGUCAUUGCAAAUUGCGUCAAAACAACAGCAGUUAACGUGCUCUCGGAGUCAGAUGAAGGAACACCAGAAAAGUCUGUGCUUUUCUGCCAAUUAAAGCCUGCAGCAGCAGAGAACGAAGCAGCCUUUAGCGAGGAGUACUUCAAGGAACUUAAGGAACGAACAACUCAAUUAAAAGAUAUGAAGGAGGAGGAUCUGGAGGAUCCUAUUGUAACCAGCUCUGCAAGUGCUGCCGUUCCCAGCAUUCUAACUGCCGGUUUGGUCGCCAUCCUGGCAGCUAUCUCUGCCUAG